AUGGCAACUGGAGCCCCCUCUGAGAUGGCCCAGACCCAGGCUCAUGCCGACUCAUCUGGCCCCUCAUUUGAGUCGCACGACAUCAGGACGACAAGGAUCAACGAGGGCCCUGGAGUCACGCUGUCACAGCAGCAGAAAGUCCUUGUCGGCAGCGUUCUCGAUCUCUUCGAGGGCAACCCGACGCUCAAGCACCUCGGAUUCUGGUCGCGUAAUGCUCUCUUCACGGAUCCUCUCACCGUCGCCCAGGGCUACGACAAAUACGCCGCGCAGUGGUACGGAUUGCCAGCCGUCUUUAGCCCCAUCAAGAUCCAGAACCACACUGUUACGUCGGCGGGCAAUCCCAUUGAGAUGAACCUGUCAAACAAGUACGUGGUCAAGGGUAUCAAGAAGGAACAGGUCAUCGACUCGGUCGUGCGUAUUCACGUUGGCAACGACGGCAAGAUUGACAAGGUCGAAGACAGGUGGAACAACAAGUUGCCCGAAGGCAGUAUCAGCGAAGCAUUCCGAAAGCUCAAUGCUGUCACUGUUCCUACCAUUGUCAAGGUGCCGAAGAACGACGAAGAAGAUAUGAAGAUGAAAGCAGUUCGAGAUGCCAAGUCCUCCUAG